UCCAGGUAAAGAUGAAGAGGGUCAGAAAGUGCUAUGAAAUUCAUCCCCAACAUUCAGUUAUGGAUCCUGCAGUAUGUGCAAUCCCAUCUCUUUCAUCUGAGCUCAGGAUUGUGUUGCUGGAAAAGAAUGAUGUUGAUAAAAGUGCUGUAGGCAACAUGAUACUGGGCAGGAAAGCAUUUAAAGGGAGGGGAACACGAGUGAGUGAAGUACAGAAAGCAAAAGUAGAGGAUCGCAACAUUUCAGUUAUUGACACGCCUGGAUUCUUCAACACUGCACUGACUGAUGAAGAUCUACAGAAUGAAAUGAUGAAGAGUCUUUCUCUUGCUCAUCCUGGUCCUCAUGUCUUCCUGCUGAUAGUCAGACCAGACACAUUUACUGAAGAUGAUGUGGGAAAGACUGUAAAAAAGAUUCAGGAAACUUUUGGAGCUCAAGUGUUGAAGUUUACCUUGGUGCUGUUUAUUAGAGAACAAAUGUAAAACACAGAGUGGGCGGUCCUAGCACUCAGUAAAAAAUGUCAGGAACUCAUCAACCAUUUUAGAGGUAAAUAUCAUGUGAUAAACAGUGAG